GGGGGGAGUAGGGGAGGCCAUUCGCGUUCAAAACAGACGAACGCGCUCCUCGUGCGGCCGCAGAACCAACAGCGCAGAGCGCGCGAGGACACUUGUGCGCCACAGCGCGCGACGGAGCCGAGGACACGCACGCAGGACCGCGCCGCUGGGCUGCACACCUGGACACCCGGACGCUUGGACACGUGAACAGUGGGAGCGUGCAAACGCCGGGACACCCGGUCGGACAUGCCGCCGCGCGCGCACACCGCCGUGACCGCGCCCCGUUGCGUGACGGCUCUGCUCCUUCUCUCCGGCUUGGCUCUUCCCGGUGGAGGACACCGUCGAGCGCUGCACCCCCCCUCAUCCGUGUCUCUGGACGGGAACGACGCCGAGGGGACGCGCCGGGAGCAAUGCGCGCUCCUGGGCGCGCGCUGGAAGGAGGCCACUGGGGACGCGACUGUCCCGGGACCGGAGAUCUCCACGUACCGGGUGAGAGUGCUCCCUCUGCCCAGGGGGGGUCCGCGCCGAGCCGUCUCCCCCGAAGAGGCGCUUCGCAGCUUCAGCGCGCGGGUUUACCGGUGCUGCCGGAUGGGCUUCCAGUGCCGGGGCGUGAGGGGCAUCCAGGGCCACGUGAGUGCAGACUUCCACGUGGAGUUUUAUCUCCUCCCCGAUGUCCUGCUGGCACCAGUUGUGAGUGCAGAGGUCCACCUACACAUCUCAAACCCGCUGCACCUCACAGUGGAGCCGUGGUUUCCAUACCUGGGGAGACACGGUCACCCGACACGGUACGGCGUGGGGCCGGGGGCUGGGACGCUGGAGCUGAGGGUCGACUUGCUGUUCCUGUUCCGGGGCCUUCGGGAGGCCGUCGGAAGGGCCGGGGGGGGACGCAGCCUGGCGGAUCUCAGGAGGCUGGGGGGGCCGGGGAGAUACCGGGGGAAAGGCCCGAGCAGGGCCGAGGCGGAUCCCUCCCCGCAGGACGCUGACCCCGGCCCGUGGGGGGAGGGCGACGGCGCCGGGCCGUCUUCCCUGGAGCUCGACCUGGUGUUGCGCUGCUCCGGAGACCGGGGCGGAGGAGGGGUGCCCUGCGAGAACAGCGGAGUCCGCCUGCUGCACGCGCCCUUCAUCGUCGUCUCCUACCGGUAGGCUGCUGAGGCCCGUUCCCCGCGGGAAAGAGACGAGGGACGGCCGUCCGGCGACGUCCGACCCGACGGACGGGACGUCGCACCAGGCGGGAGCUGCGGUUUCCUGCCCACAACAUCACUCGCAAACCUGAUCGCUAUCAGUUUGCUCUGCAAGCUGUUCUUUGUGCACUUUGUAAAACUUCAGUGUUUCAACAUAAUUUUUUUCCUGUUUCCUUCUGUAAAACAGUAUAUAUUGUAUAUAACGUCACACUUUUAUAUGUUAUAUGUCUUUGCCGUUAUUAAAAAG